UUUCACCCGUGAAAAUGACUAAUAGUUCCAUACUUAUUAGUACACACGACUUCCCGUCUGUAAUUUACUUUAACAAUAUCCCCUGUGAACACGGCUUCAAGCUUCACUCCAGAAUAAUCGCCAUGGAUUUCCAUUGCACUAACAAGGAGCAAAAGAAAACCGUAGACCAAUCAAUCUUAUUAUGCUGCAAGUUUUUUGUCUCGGAAGCACGCAACAUUGCAACUCUUGAUUCAAUCGAACGAGCUGCAAGGUUGAACCCAGAAACCAUAAUUGUGAACAAGUUUCAUGAUAGAGCUUACAACAGAGCAAGGUACACCCUUGUAUCGUAUGUUUUGCAUGACUGCACAGGAAGUGCUGUAUACAGCCCUUUGCACCAAACUGUCAUAGCAAUGGCCGAGGCUGCAUUCAGUGCCAUCAAUCUUGAAUUGCAUGAAGGGGCUCAUCCACGGUUGGGCGUUGUGGAUGACAUUGUUUUUCAUCCACUUGCUCGUGCAUCACUAGAUGAGGCUGCGUGGUUGGCCAAAGCAGUGUCAGCAGAUAUUGGCAACCGGUUCAAUGUGCCAGUAUUUCUGUAUGCUGCAGCACACCCAACAGGGAAGGAACUAGACACCAUAAGGCGAGAGCUUGGAUAUUACCGGCCCAAUUUCAGGGGCAACCAAUGGGCUGGGUGGGCCAUGCCUGAUAUCCUACCUCAAAACCCAAAUGAAGGGCCCAAUGUUGUUUCAAGAGCUAAAGGGAUCUCAAUGAUUGGGGCACGCCCUUGGGUCACGCUUUACAACAUACCAAUCUUAUCCACUGAUGUGUCAGCAGCAAGAAGGAUUGCAAGGAAAGUUAGUGCACGUGGUGGUGGGCUUCCUACUGUGCAAACACUUGGGCUUGUUCAUGGUGAGGAUUCCACUGAAAUAGCCUGCAUGCUUUUGGAGCCCAAUCAGAUUGGAUCUGACAGGGUGCAAUAUAGGGUUGAAAUGCUGGCAGCACAAGAAGGAUUGGAUGUAGAAAAAGGAUAUUUCACUGAUUUUUCUCCAGAAAUGAUCCUACAAGAAUACAUGAAUCUAAUCUCUGCUAACAGAUCAUGAUCAUCGUUAUUAAAUUAAUGAUAAAUAAUCAAUUAAAAUCAAUUUGUGAGAUUUUAAUUGGCUUUGCAGUUCAAAAAAUAAAAAAUUGUAGCUUCCUAAAUGUUUUUUUUUAUUAGGUCAACGUAGUUUCCUAAAGGGUUGGAGGGAAUGACAAACUUAGCCCUAGUAAUUUUACAUAUGGGUUUCAUGGCUCAGCCGAUCACAAUGGGCAUCCAUCAAACCCAUAUUGUGAAUUUCUCUAGUGAUCUUGUGCCAAUAUAGAGGAGGGUCCAAAGCCCAAAACUAUUAGUUUUAUGUACAUUUUUUUUUUCUUCUGAAGAUUAAAAACCAACAUAUGUGGUAAGUGUUUUCAAAUGACACGUAUGGGCAGCUAUAGUAUAUAUCAACAGUAUUCCCUUCUAUGCU